UGUACAGUAUCGCAUUCUACUUUUGCAAGAAGCGGUUUAUAUCUGUUUAUAUUUCUUGUGUGUAUAACAGACCAAUGAAUUAUUAUGAACUGCAGUCUCUAGUCCUCGAAUAUAAUUUGAAUAUAAUUUAAAUAAAUAUGACUUCGAGAAUAUUUAGGAGAAUAUUAACGAAUUUUGCAAUUGGCAGAAGAAAACUGCAUACAACUGCAAACCUAUCAUGCGUUUAUCAACGAGAUCGAAAAUCAGGUUACAAAGUAGUGUAUGAUAAACCACCGCAAGAACAGAAUUUGAGCAUUUUUGGCAGAAUGUGUGAAGGAUACCGACAAUUCAAGGAAGAAUUUGGUAUUCUUAUGGAUGAAGUAAAAGAAAUACUAAAAAUGGAUCCUAUUUUUAUAUAUAGGCAAAAUGAAAUAGAUGUUGUAUGGAGGUUUAAUGGUGAUCCAAAAUCUUUGGAUCAAUGGAUAGUUACCUGUGAUAGUGAUUAUGAAGAAGGCUUUUCAACAGCUAAAUUAGAAAUGUCUUCUACAGGUACUGGUAUAUUUUCUGGCUACUUGAACACUCGUUUGCCAAAAGAUGGCAGAAUAAAAUAUGCUGGUUACUGCAAUAUUACCUCUGUUCCUAAGCGAAAGGCUUUUAGACGUGAAGUCUACCAUAACUGGACACCAUAUACACAUCUUGCUCUUCGUGUUAGAGGAGAUGGCAGAUGUUAUAAUCUUAAUAUUUCUACUAGCGGCAUAUUUGAUUUGACUUGGAAUGAUGUAUAUAAUUAUGUGCUUCAUACUAGAGGUGGACCCCAUUGGCAAUAUAUCAGAGUGCCAUUCUCCAAACUUGUAUUUGCAAGCAAAGGCAGGUUGCAGGAUGAACAAACGGAAAUCACGUUGCAUGAAGUCAAAUCUUUUGGCAUUACCUUAGCGGAUGAUGUUACUGGCCACUUUAAACUAGAAAUUGAUUAUAUUGGUUUGGAGUAUGAUGAAUUUCAUAAAGAAGAAUUUGCAUAUGAACUGUACAAUCUUCGUGGAAUCAGAUUUUAGCAUGUAUGUAUAAAUUGAUUAGAAAAAAAUGUAAAAAUGUAACUAUUGUUGCUUUCUUUGCAGAUAUUAUAAUACAUAAAGAAUAUAUAUUGUA